AUGUCAUUCUCGGUGUCCUCGUCAUACAAUAAAAUCCGAGCAAUUAUAGACUCAACACCGAAUGACACCCUUCCAUCCCUGUCUAAUUUGAAGAAGGCAGAAGACAGCCUCCCUUCAUCACUCCCUGGCACCGGCCUGGGCGAAGAAUUGACCGAAGCACACCUACUGACAGAUCUCACACCCGGAUUCAAUGGACCAAAGACUUCCUCGAACUAUUAUGGCUUUGUCACGGGAGGCGUCUUCCCUAUCGCAGAAGUCGCCGACAACAUAGUCACCGCCUUCGAUCAGAAUGUCCAAGUACACUUAUCCGACCAGAGUGUUGCAACUGCAGUGGAAGACAGGGCGCUGAGCUUGCUCGUCGAGCUGCUUAAUCUUGGAGAUGGGUGGAAUGGGAAAACUUUCACCACUGGCGCUACUGGUGCCAACAUCCUAGGUUUAGCAUGCGGUCGAGCAGCUGUCGUCGAUGCUUGCUUGAAAGUAGUAGGCGAGAGUGGUGGAGUUGGAGAAAACGGACUUUUGGGUGCUUGUCUAAAGGCUGGAAUCAAAGAGAUCCAAGUUUUGACUACCAUGGGCCACAGCUCGUUGUACAAAGCGGCGAGCGUUGUUGGUAUUGGAAGGGCAUCAGUGAGGGAUAUUGCCACUAGCAAAGAUGAGCCGUGGAAGCUUGAUAUUGAUGCACUUGAGCGGAAAUUAAAUGGGGCCAAGGAAGGAGUCGUCAGUAUUGUUGCGUUGAGUAUGGGAGAGGUCAAUUCUGGAAGGUUUGCCACCGACGGACUUGAGACGAUGAAGAGGGUGCGAGAAGUUUGUAACCGAUAUGGGGCCUGGCUACAUGUGGAUGGAGCUUUUGGCAUAUUUGCAAGAUGUCUGCCACACAAAGCCGAAUUUCAUACCCUGAUAAGUUCCGCAUCUGGUAUCGAGCUUGCCGACUCUAUCUGCGGCGACGCUCACAAAAUGCUCAACGUGCCUUAUGAUUGCGGAUUCUUCCUCACUCGCUCAGACACCAUACUCUCCUCAACAUUCCAGAAUCCGAACGCAGCAUACCUUUCCGCGGGGCAAUCAUCCAUCCCCUCGCCACUAAACAACGGUCUCGAGAACUCUCGUCGCUUCCGAGCUCUCCCAGUCUACGCUGUCCUCCUCGCCUACGGACGAGAUGGAUUUGCAGAAAUGUUUGCGAGACAAGUUCGACUUGCUAGAGGAGUUUCCAAAUUCCUGUCUGACUCUGAGAACUUUGAGUUAUUAGCUACGGGUGCAAACACGAAUGGGGAGUUUGACAAUGUUCAUAUCAUUGUCUUGUUCAGAGCUACGGACGAGAGCGCCAAUGCGGAUCUGGUGAAGAGAAUCAAUGCUACGAAAAAGAUCUACGUCUCAGGCACCAAGUGGGAUGGCAAGCCUGCUUGUCGUAUAGCUGUGAGCACGUGCCGAGUUGAGGUGGAGAGGGAUCUGAAUCUUGUCAAGGAGGUUCUCGAAGAAGUUUUGAGGUAG